AUGAAUAUCUCACAGCCUGUCUCCUCAGAGGUUGAGUCGGUCGAGUUUACUUUUCUUUCCCCCGCCGAAAUUCAAGCCGUCUCGGUCAAACGCAUUGAGAAUGAAAGCACCUUCGAUAGCAUGCUCAACCCUGUCCCGGGCGGUCUUUAUGAUCCUGCUCUGGGCUCAUGGGGCGAUUCACCAUGCACAACUUGCAACCUGAACCACUUAUACUGCCCCGGCCACCCAGGCCACAUCAAACUCCCUGUACCUGUCUAUCAUCCGAUCUUUCUAGAUCAGGCCUAUCACCUUCUCCGUGCCGCCUGCCUAUACUGCAAAGGCUUUCGAUUGUCUGCCAAGGAUCUGCACAAGUACAUGUGCAAACUCCGACUUUUGCAACACGGUCUCGUCCACGAGGCGCACAUCGUCGGCGCAAUUGGCGAAAUCGACAUUUCCGAUGAUCUUGAGGCUUCUGUAUCGAUCGAACUCGACGGUAGCGAAGCCGAAGACGACACCAGCUCCAUCGAUAAUGUCACGCGCAAACGAGAAAAGUAUGUCCAACUCUGCCUGCGUGGUGGCAGAAAGACAAGACGUGAUAUAAAAAAGGGAAAGCACGAAGGCACUGGCCAGAUGCGUCGCGAGGUUAUCAAAGAAUUUCUUGCCGAGGUUACAAAAAAGCGCGAAUGCGCUAGCUGUAACGGCAUCUCUCCAACCUACCGCAAGGACGCGUUUGUCAAGGUUUUCGAAAAGGCUCUUUCCGAUAAAGACAAAGCCAAGAUGGCGCAGCGAAACCUCAAAUUCGGGGAUGCCAUGUCGCGAGUUUUUCAAAAGACAUUGGCUAAGAAGGCGCAGCAAAAUGGAAUCACUCAUGACUCGGGUGAGGAUGAAUCUCAAUCGGGCGACGAUAUUACGAUGUUGGAUGCCGAUGAGGAAGGGUCGCCUCCUCCAAAAGCCAAUGGUCCGGCCGCUCAUCAAAGAUACAUCAGCCCUAUGGAAGUCCAUGCUCGCCUGGUUGAACUCUUCAACAAGGAACAGGACCUCUUAUCGCUCCUGUACAACGCCAAGCCAGCCACCAGAAAGACCACGAAAACGACGCCCGACAUGUUCUUCAUCACGAUGCUUCUCGUCCCACCGAAUCGAUUCCGCCCCGAGGCCCGCACUGGCGACUCACAAAUAUCGGAAGCGUCGCAAAACAGUCUCUAUAAAAAUAUUUUGCGCACCAACGGCAAGAUUGCUCAAUUGCACAAUAAUGUGCAAAAAGGCAGCUCAGAUAUGACAUCAUUGCAUCUUGCUUGUGUUGAGCUGCAAGAAUCCGUGAAUGCGCUCAUUGACAAAAAUAAAAAUCCCGUUCAGGGAGCCGCUGCCAAGCGCAACGAGGACGGCAUCAAGCAGAAACUUGAGAAAAAGGAGGGUUUGUUCCGAAAGAACAUGAUGGGAAAGCGAGUCAACUAUGCUGCACGAAGUGUCAUCUCGCCUGACCCCAACAUUGACACCAACGAAAUCGGUGUCCCUCCUGUUUUCGCUCAAAAAUUGACGUAUCCAGAGCCUGUCACGAGCCACAACUUUCGAGACAUGCAACAAGCUGUCAUCAACGGUGUCAGCAAAUGGCCAGGCGCCAUUGCGAUAGAAGAUGAGAACGGCCAAAUUGUCAACCUUCGCAACAAGUCGGUGGAUGACCGCAUCUCGCUAGCAAACCAGCUUCUCGCUCCGACAAACGCCAACGCCCCCAAGACAAAGAACAAAAAGGUCCAUCGCCACAUGACGAACGGUGAUGUCGUGCUCAUGAACCGUCAGCCCACGCUCCACAAGGCGUCAAUCAUGGGUCAUCGUGUUCGAGUGUUGCCUGGUGAAAAGACGAUUCGAAUGCACUACGCCAACUGUAAUUCCUACAACGCCGAUUUCGAUGGUGACGAGAUGAACAUGCAUUUUCCACAAAACGAGGUUGCGCGUGCAGAGGCACUUCAAAUCGCCGAUACUGAUCACCAAUAUGUCUCGACUACCCAGGGUAAACCCCUUCGUGGUCUCAUUCAGGACCAUCUUUCGGUCUCGAUCGCGCUAUGCAACCGCGAUACCUUCUUCACCAAGGGUGACUACCACUCCCUAAUCUAUAGUGCCCUCAGGCCCGAGAGCGGACACAUUCUUUCAGAGCGACUGCAGCUCGUGCCGCCAGCCAUCAUCAAACCUUUUCCAAGAUGGACGGGCAAGCAAGUCAUUACCACAAUCUUGAAGAACCUCAAGCCUGCUAACUGCGGUGGUUUGACAAUGCAUGGAGAUACUCAGCUGAAGGCAGAGCAAUGGGGUCCCAAAUCUGAAGAAGGUAUUGUGCGUGUACAGGAUGGCGAAUUGAUUACCGGCAUUCUCGACAAGUCACAAAUUGGUCAAAGUUCUGGUGGUCUUGUUCAUGCAGCCCACGAAGCAUAUGGUUCGGCCAUUGCGAGCAAGCUGCUGAGCUGCCUGGGUCGGCUUCUGACGAGGCUGCUGAAUAUGCGAGCUUUCUCGUGUGGAAUGGACGAUCUACGACUUACAGAGGUGGGAGAGAAGGCUCGUUUGCAAGCUCUGCAGCAGGCCAGCCAGAUGGGUCUCAAGAUCGCUUCCGAAUACGUUUCUUUGCCUGGCAACGCAGACCCCGCCAACAACCUUCUUCUGGAACGUCUUGAGGAAGUUUUACGUGAAGAUAAGAAGCAGGAAGGCCUCGAUUUGUUGAUGAACCAAGGAACGAAGGAUAUCACCGACAGCGUCCAAAAAGCCUGCAUUCCCAAUGGCUUGGAGAAGCCCUUCCCGAAGAACCAAAUGCAGGCCAUGACUACUUCUGGUGCCAAGGGUUCCCGAGUCAACGCCUCGCUGAUUUCCUGCAACUUGGGUCAGCAGGUUUUGGAAGGCCGACGUGUGCCGUUGAUGGUUAGUGGAAAGACUCUGCCUUGUUUCAAACCAUUCGAGACCCAUAUAGGAUCUGCUGGCUAUAUUCGCAGCAGAUUCCUUACUGGUAUUCGUCCUCACGAGUACUACUUCCAUCACAUGGCUGGUCGUGAAGGUCUUAUUGAUACAGCCGUCAAAACAUCUCGUUCCGGUUACUUGCAGCGAUGUGUUAUCAAAGGCCUGGAAGGGCUCAUGGUUUCUUACGACGCCUCUGUCCGCGAUGCGGAUGGCUCUGUGAUCCAAUUCCUCUACGGUGAAGACGGUCUCGACGUCACUAAGCAAAAGUAUCUGAAGAACUUUGACUUCAUUCUCGAAAACGUUGCGUCGGAAGUUGUGCAAUUGAAGUAUGACACCAAGGUGGUUGAGACACUUACCGCGAACCGAGAUGCGUUCAUGAAAUACAUGAAGAGCGCUGUCAAGCACGCCAAGUCGAAGGGGCCAACCUCCAAGGACCCUCUCAUCGGCUCUUAUAAUCCCACCACCAACACCUUUGCCAUGUCUGAGCUAUUCUACGAGGCCAUGUCAACAUAUGUCAAGGAAAACAAGAGCGGCCUUAUCCGAGACAAGAGCAGCCAGAAGCAAACACAAGGCAGCGUCGCCCUCAACCGUAAGAACGCCGAAACACUUUUCGCUCUCAAAUACCAGCGCUCCCUGGUUGAGCCAGGCGAGGCGGUUGGUAUCGUUGCUGGUCAGUCCGUCGGUGAACCGUCUACUCAGAUGACAUUGAACACUUUCCACUUGGCUGGUCACGCUUCCAAGAACGUGACGCAGGGUAUUCCUCGACUUCGAGAGAUUCUCAUGACUGCCUCUGCCAUCAUAUCUACACCUUCCAUGACUCUCUACCCUCGUUCAGACAUCACAAGCGACCAGGCGGAGGUCUUCACGAAAAAGAUCAGUCAGACGCCAUUAGGUUACAUUGUGGAUAGCAUCGUCGUCGAGGAGCAAGUAGGUCGUGGCGACAUUUAUAACCAGGCCAAGGUCUACAAGAUCAAGAUGAAGUUCUUCCCGUCUGAAGAGUACUGCCAAACAUAUGCCAUCACGGUCGCUGAUGUCAUGAAUUCGGUUGAGAAGAAGCUCAUGCGACAAAUCAUCACAUUGAUGAAGAAGGAGAUCAAAAAGCGGAGCGGCCAGAGCACUGGAGCUACACCAGAAAUCGGUGUUCGAUCCGGUGUCGUGGAGGUGGCAUCGGCGGAAACAAAUGCGGAGAAUCGCAACGAUGAUGACAACGAUGAUGACGAUGGCGAUGAUGGCGAUGCUACCAGCGCCAAGCAACGAGCGAACCGUGGAGAGGAGGUGUCGUACGGCGAUAAUGACGAUGAGGACAACGCAAUCCAGCAGGCUAUGGGCCAGGAUGCUGCGGACGAGAGCGAGGACGAGCAGAUGAACGGCGUUUCAAAUGGCGCAGCCACAGAGGAUGACAGCGAUGACGACAGCGAUGAAGAGCGGGUUCAGUCUACGUCGACGGCUCGUUCAGAGCGCAUCAAGGAUGCAUUCGCAGAGGUGUCGGAUUUCAAGUGCGACGAGAAGGGUGGAGCCUGGUGUAACAUCACAAUCGAGCUUGACUCCAACUCUCCCAAGCUUUUGAUGCUGAACUUGGUCAAGAGCGCUGUUGUCAAGACGAUGAUCCGGGAGAUUCGUGGCGUCGGCUCUUGCACAUACGUGGAUGGAGUCAUCCAGGCGUCAGGCGUGAAUCUACACGCGAUGCAGACAUUCAACGAAUACAUAGAUGCCGACAAGAUGCAGACAAACGACGUGGCCGCGGUUCUGUCCAUGUACGGCGUCGAGGCAUGUAGAGCCAGUAUUGUUCGGGAACUGGGCGACGUCUUCGGCGGUCACGGCAUUUCGGUGGACAAUCGGCAUUUGAACCUGAUUGCAGACUACAUGACGAGAAACGGCGCCUUCACAGCCUUUAGCCGCAUGGGCCUGAAGGGCAACGUCAGUCCGUUUACGAAGAUGAGUUUCGAGACGACACUGGCGUUCCUCAAGGACGCAGUGCUGGAUGGUGACUGGGAUGAUUUGACGACGCCCAGUGGCCGGCUGGUGCUGGGCCGGCUGGGCAAACUGGGAACUGGUAGUUUUGAUGUUUUGACAAGAAUGCCGACGCAUCAUGUUGAGUCUUUAGCAUAG